GUCUCAUAUCAAUCAACAGCUAAGCCUAAGCCCGACUAAGACUGAUUCUUCCGAGGCGGAGGGGCAGACUUCCUCGAGGAGGAGAGAGAAGGGGAGAGCCGUCCCCACUCCCACCUCCACCGGCUUCGGAAGUCGGUCCCGUAGCCGGCGCACAGGGUCCUCUUCUUUCCUCAUUAUCUCUCUCCCACCCUCCGCAAGCUCUGUUUUCAAGGUGCUGAAAGGUUGAGAUAGUGAUGUAGAAGGCAACACCGAUGCCUUCUUUUAGCUUGGAUUGACAGUAUCUUCCACCACCUGGAAAAGCACUCCUCUGAGCUGAGAAAUUAUGGGCUUUAUCGACUUCAAGAAACCGGGCGGCGAUUGAUGGAUCUCUGAUACUGUGGACUGGUUCCGUUUCAGAUCCAGCUUGUUUGCUCACAAUUGAAGACACAAAGAUUUUGAAUCUUCUGCGGUUCUCGUCAUCGAUCUUCAGCCGCUGUCCAUGAGAAAACAGCCUCUUUAGGAUUUUUCUCUUUUUACCUCUCAAGUACAUGAUUGCAGUGAUAAAAGACUUCUGACCUUUAAAUUAAGCUUCCUCGUCCACCGAGGAGAUUCUUGAGGAGUGAGCUGCUAGUUUAACCUCAGGUUUCUAUCUGUCAUUGGGGGGGCCUUUGAGAUAUUGGUAUGGCCGUUGCCAAUAGCAACGGCAACUGUGAAUUAACGGCAAAAUCGUACAAUUACUACAGAGUUUCGAGCUUGACAGAAUCCAUUUUGGGUGCGAAUAAGACCUCAAACUUGAAAGAUAGGUACGUGCUGGGAGAGCAGCUGGGCUGGGGCCAGUUUGGUGUCAUAAGGGCCUGCUCUGAUAAGUUAACGGGAGAGGUUUUGGCAUGCAAAUCAAUUGCUAAGGAUCGCCUUGUGACUGCAGAAGAUGUUCGGAGUGUUAAGCUUGAGAUUGAGAUCAUGACGCAAUUGUCGGGGCAUCCUAAUGUGGUUGAUCUCAAAGAGGUGUACGAGGAGGAAGACUAUGUCCACUUGGUGAUGGAGCUUUGUGCUGGAGGAGAGCUCUUCCACAAGUUGGAGAAGCAUGGGCGGUUUUCCGAAACUGAGGCUAGAGUCAUAUUUCGACAUCUGAUGCAGGUAGUCUUGUAUUGCCACGAUAAGGGAGUUGUCCAUAGGGACUUGAAGCCUGAGAACAUUCUACUGGCGACUAAAGCGUCUUCCUCUCCAAUUAAGUUGGCUGAUUUUGGUCUGGCUACUUACAUUAAGCCUGGGCAGAGUCUGCAAGGGACCGUUGGAAGUCCCUUUUAUAUAGCUCCCGAGGUGUUGGUUGGUGGAUAUAAUCAGGCUGCAGAUGUGUGGAGUGCAGGCGUCAUUCUUUACAUUUUGUUAAGUGGGAUGCCGCCCUUUUGGGGCAAGACAAAGUCCCGUAUAUUUGAUGCUGUGAGAGCUGCCGAUCUUCGAUUUCCUUCAGAUCCAUGGGAUCGCAUAUCAGCUUCUGCAAGGACACUAAUCAGAGGAAUGCUUUGUGUUGAUCCUUCUCGAAGGCUCUCUGCUCAGGAGGUUUUAGACCAUUCAUGGAUGGAGGAUAAUGGGAUGAAUCUCAAUGCAUCGAUUGUUCGAGAGAGUAGAAGUUCCGGAAAGUUUGAAUUCAGUGGAGAGCCAUUAUCUGCCUCGUACAUCUCUCGUGAUCAAGAUAUCAGCUUUGGCACUGGGUCCCACAUUAUCUGUGAUGUCCAGUCGCCAGCGUUAUCAUGCAGAUCAUCGUUUUCUUCCUUUCUGGUGGAACCAUCAACACCUUACCCUGCUUCCGAUGGUGGGUUCUCCUUCCACAGCUGUGGGAGCUCUAACAGCUUGGAAUUCUGUUCCCCUGUUCCCUCGAUGCCGAGCUUUGCCUUCUUCAGCCCAGGUCCCUUGAAUGGCGAUGGGAUUUCUGAGGUCCAGUCCUUGUCAGAAGUAUCUGGAAGCAGUUCAAUACUUGGGGAGGGCUUGCAAGGGAUGCCACUUACAUUGCCAAAUUCUGCGGUUCUAGACGAAAACAAAGCCAGAGAACCUGAGCAAAGAGUGGAAGUGAAGCGGGUGGGAGGAUUGGGCCAUAGAGUAUCAGGCAUCCACAGUAAGAGGAACCGAACUAUUGGUCUUGGCGAGCGUGAGCAGCUUGAUCUAAUGGCCACUGAAUCAGUUAUUCGCUGGUCAUCAUGCACGCUAAUUCCUACUUCUCUGAGGUCUUCUCUGGUCUGUUGAACUCCCCACUCAUCAGCUGACGUAUCUUAUUAGGUUUAGGGAAAAUGUGAUUAGGUUUAGUGUUCCUGGUAUUGCCGAACUCCCGGUGCUUACUUUCUGAUCUGGGUGUGGUGAAAUGUGAUGUGUUCUUUGGGUUGAGGGUUGAUUGUAAUUUGCCUACUGGUACAUUGUGACAAAGCACUGGCUAAUGUGAUCAUUUUUGCUGAGUAAAGAGCUACUUGUGUUUUUCUUUUCGCA